UGGGUUCUCGGUGAAGUGCGAAGGCUAUAUAGCCUGAUAGCCACCAUCGGUGCUCCUGCAAAUCGAUACAAAUCAUAGGCUUCGUACUUAUUUUGGAGAGUGGAGAGUGGAGAUUCUCUACAGUCUCGGAAUGCCUUGCGUCGAUAUCUCUACGAAUGUGAACCUAGAAGGCGUCGACGCCGAUCCAAUCUUCUCCGACGUCACGAAAGCCGUGGCUUCAAUCAUUGGGAAGCCUGAAAACUAUGUGAUGGUCCUACUGAAGGGCUCGGUGGCCAUAUCCUUUGAAGGAAAUAAAGAACCAGCUGCAUUUGCUGAGAUAAUAUCAAUGGGUGGCAUCAACUCUGAAGUGAAGAGGAAGCUGAUUGCCACCAUCGGCACAAUUCUACAGACCAAGCUCUCCAUUCCCCGGACACGAUUCUUCCUCAAAGUUUAUGAUACCACCAUGGCACAUAAAAUCGCCAAACUUUGACUUUUGCUUCAUACUUUUCAGUGCUUUACAGCUUAGUUAGAAUUAUUGUCUUUCAAAUCAUAUGUCCCAUUUAAAUACUGUGUGUGAUGACGGUCCAAGGUGUGUUUCCUAUGGGUCGGCUCUCAUAUAACUUUCAAUAUGAAGCCAACAUCGAAAUUCACUAUUCCCCAAAGGAAUUUUUCAUUGGUGCUUUCCUUUA